AACAGCAGUGUGACAGACCAUGAAGUUAUUCUCAAACCCACAGUAGAAGUAAGCAAGCGUGGCAGGAGUCUCUGAGCUGAAAUUGCAUGCAUUUGAUACCCGGUGGUCAACAAUCCUCUGAAGUGGGUCCCUUGGUGUGUCAUGUGGGGUUGGUGAUCAGUGUGGACAUGUCUUACCUGCUGGAAUGGGUGAGGAGCCUGGUCCUGUGAAGAGUUGACCCCCCAGGUGUGUGCCAAUGGCUUACCUGGCUCACACGGCCCACGCUCAGCUCGUUGGGCUAUCGCUGGGCAGCAUAGGAUGGAUCCUCACCAUGGUGGCCAUCGGGAUGGUGGAGUGGCGCGUGUGGGUGGUGGCGGACCUGAGUGUGGUCUCGUCCGGGCUGGCAUGGGUGGGCAUCUGGAGGGUCUGCUUCUACAGCCACACGGUGGUGACUUCGCAGCGCAGCCCCCUGUACUGCCAGAAGAUGGACAUCUCGGACAGUUUCGUCCCCAUGGAGAUCGCCGUGGCGCAGGUCCUGAUGCUGCUGGCGCUCGGGCUGGGGCUCUUGGCGAACGCCAGCACGCUCUACGGCCUGAGGAACGUCUUCUUCGGCCUGGACGGGCGCAGGGCCAUCCGAGUGGCCUUCACGGCGGGCGGACUCCUGCAUCUGCUGUCCAGCCUGUGCGCUCUGCUGCCGCUCUCCCUGAACCUGCACGCCGUGGCCACCGACCAGAACAUCGGCUUCCCGGAGAACUUCCACAUGCCUCCGGCGCCCGCGCGCCAGGACGUGGGACAGGCCAUCGGGGUGGGCAUCACCGGGGCCGUCCUGUCCGUCGCCGGCGGGGUCGUGUUCCUCUGCUACCGGUACCCGGUCGGAGCGCACGCCAGGGUGGAGCCCUGGUGGGCAGACGCAGACAGCUCCGGAGAUCUCUCCGCUGGGCGGUCUCGCUCUUCCGGAUCUUCCCUGUCGGGCCGGGACAACCUAGCCUACGAGUCUCAGGAACACGUCUAGGAGUAUGCGGACCACCAGGAAAGAGGCAGAGGUAUCAAACGAUUAGCAUUACAAUGCGUCAUCUGUUCUAAGGCUUUUUUUUCUUAAGACUUUGCAGAAAAAAAGAAACAGUCAUCUGAAAGGAGAUACUUCCGGUCAUUUUUUAAAAAUGAAACAUGCAUUUUUAGAUAUUUUCGAGAAAAGAAUUUUGCACAGAGCUUGUGCUAUGCUUAUCCGUAGAACACCUUGACUACAAAGCUGCAGCACCUCAACCAAGGGCUGAACGGAGACAUGUCAGUGAGAACAGUUUAAAAGCUUUUUGAAUGUCUUUCUAUGAAUGUGCAACAAGACUGUAAAGCCACACAGACAAUGCACAUUGUUUACAUGCUUCCUGCUCAAUGCCCUCACCUCUGUGGACCUGCAGCUCUAUGGGAAGUGGCAUACACACUUCCCCUGGCAUACACACUUCCCCCCUGGGAGCGAUUGCAUGUUACACUCUUCCAGUAGUCAUUACCAUGCACUCCUUUUCUCAGUGGACUCAUGGGAGAGUAAUUAAAUUGGUAUAGAGCAAACAGGGUAUCGGCCCAAUGAAUG